GUUUCCCGGCAUGCUCCGCGGAGGAAGAGACGGAGUCGACAAUAACAAACCCAGUCGCGGCGGUGUCCGCGGCCCUGCUGAGCCCUCGGUGCUGCCUCGGGGUCCCUCAGUUGACAGGGCCCCUCGGCUCUGACUGGCCGCGGCCCCUUGUCCCCCGGCCCCAGACCCAGAGCCGAGGGGCCUGAUAGCGUCCAUCUCUGCCCCGACCCCUCCCUCCCGGCUGGAGUUCGGGGCCGCUGCGGGCGGAUAGGCGCCCCGGACGCCGGCGGUUGAGUCGGUUGGCGGUGCCGAAUGGGCGGUUGGUAGCCGCCGCCGAGGACUAGGCGGCGGCGGAAGAUGGUGUCGGGGGUCGUUGGCUGUUCUGCUGCCGCCGGCGAAGGAGGAGGCGCUGCCGGUUCUCUGAAUUUAACCAGUAAUGCCAUUCAGUUGCCAAUUUCAAGCAAAGCAAACAUAAACCAGUUUUAAUCUGCUGUUUAAGAAAAGUGGCAGUCCUGACAGUGCCUGACAAGGGUGAGGUGUAAGCUCACAGAAUCCAGAGAAAUCAUCAUGAAGUUGUAUGUGUUUCUGGUUAACACUGGAACUACUCUAACAUUUGAUACUGAACUUACAGUGCAAACUGUGGCAGACCUUAAGCAUGCCAUUCAAAGCAAAUACAAGAUUGCUAUUCAGCACCAGGUGCUGGUUGUCAAUGGAGGAGAGUGCAUGGCCGCAGAUAGAAGAGUGUGUACCUAUAGUGCUGGGACGGACACAAAUCCAAUUUUUCUUUUUAACAAAGAAAUGAUCUUAUGUGAUCGUCCACCUGCUAUUCCUAAAACUACAUUUUCAACAGAAAAUGACAUGGAAAUAAAAGUUGAAGAAUCUCUUAUGAUGCCUGCAGUUUUUCACACUGUUGCUUCAAGGACACAGCUUGCAGUGGAAAUGUAUGAAGUUGCCAAGAAACUUUGUUCUUUUUGUGAAGGUCUUGUCCACGAUGAACAUCUUCAGCACCAAGGCUGGGCUGCAAUAAUGGCCAAUCUGGAAGACUGUUCAAAUUCAUACCAAAAGCUACUUUUCAAGUUUGAAAGUAUUUAUUCAAAUUAUCUACAGUCCAUAGAAGACAUCAAGUUAAAACUUACUCAUUUAGGAACUGCGGUUUCAGUAAUGGCCAAGAUUCCACUGUUGGAGUGCCUAACCAGACAUAGUUACAGGGAAUGUUUGGAAAGACUGGAUUCAUUACCUGAACACGAAAGCUCAGAAAAAGCUGAGAUGAAAAGAUCCACUGAACUGGUGCUCUCUCCUGAUAUGCCUACAACAACUAACAAAUCUUUAUUAACCUCACUUCACAAGUCAGUGGAACAUGUAGCCCAAGAUACCACAGAUGCUGCAAGUGGCAAAGAAAUUAGGGAAUCUUGUCAAAGUACUGUUCAGCAGGAUGAAAACUUGGUAGAUGCUAAAGACAGUGAUCUACCUUUUUUCAAUGUUUCUUUGUUAGACUGGAUAAAUGUUCAAGAUAGACCUAAUGAUGUGGAAUCUUUGGUCAGGAAGUGCUUUGAUUCUAUGAGCAGGCUCGAUCCAAGAAUUAUUCGACCAUUUAUAGCAGAGUGCCGUCAAACUAUUGCCAAACUUGAUAAUCAGAAUAUGAAGGCCAUUAAAGGGCUCGAAGAUCGUCUGUACGCCCUAGACCAGAUGAUUGCCAGCUGUGGCCGGCUGGUGAAUGAACAGAAAGAGCUCGCUCAGGGAUUUUUAGCUAAUCAGAUGAGAGCUGAAAAUUUGAAGGAUGCAUCUGUAUUACCUGAUUUGUGCCUGAGUCAUGCAAAUCAGUUGAUGAUUAUGUUGCAGAAUCAUAGAAAACUGUUAGAUAUUAAACAGAAGUGUACCACUGCCAAACAGGAACUAGCAAAUAACCUACAUGUCAGACUGAAGUGGUGUUGCUUCGUAAUGCUUCAUGCUGAUCAAGAUGGAGAGAAAUUACAAGCUUUGCUCCGCCUCGUAAUAGAGCUAUUAGAAAGAGUCAAAAUUGUUGAAGCUCUUAGUACAGUUCCUCAGAUGUACUGCUUAGCUGUUGUUGAGGUUGUAAGGAGAAAAAUGUUCAUAAAACACUACAGGGAGUGGGCUGGUGCUUUAGUGAAAGAUGGAAAACGAUUAUACGAAGCAGAAAAAUCAAAAAGGGAAUCCUUUGGGAAGUUAUUUAGGAAGUCUUUUUUAAGAAACCGUCUGUUUAGGGGACUGGACUCCUGGCCCCCUUCCUUUUGUACUCAGAAGCCUCGAAAAUUCGACUGUGAACUUCCAGAUAUUUCGUUAAAAGAUUUACAGUUUCUGCAAUCAUUUUGUCCUUCGGAAGUUCAACCAUUCCUCAGGGUUCCCUUACUUUGUGACUUUGAACCUCUACACCAGCAUGUACUUGCUCUACAUAAUUUGGUAAAAGCAGCACAAAGUUUGGAUGAAAUGUCACAGACCAUUACAGAUCUACUGAGUGAACAAAAGGCAUCUGUGAGUCAGACAUCUCCCCAGGCGGCUUCUUCUCCAAGGAUAGAAAGUGCAGCAGGAAUCACAACUACUACCUCACCAAGGACUCCUCCUCCACUCACUGUUCAGGAUCCCUUGUGUCCUGCGGUCUGUCCCCUAGAAGAAUUAUCUCCAGAUAGCAUUGAUGCACAUACAUUUGAUUUUGAAACUAUCCCCCAUCCCAACAUAGAACAAACUAUUCACCAAGUUUCUUUAGACUUGGAUUCAUUGGCAGAAAGUCCUGAAUCAGAUUUUAUGUCUGCUGUGAAUGAGUUUGUAAUAGAAGAAAAUUUAUCAUCUCCUAAUCCUAUAAGUGAUCCACAAAGUCCAGAAAUGAUGGUGGAAUCACUUUAUUCAUCCGUUAUCAAUGCAAUAGACAGUAGGCGUAUGCAGGAUACAAAUAUAUGUGGUAAAGAGAAUUUUGGAGAUGCUCUAAAUGUCCAGUUGGAAAAAUGUAGAGUUGUGGCCCAAGACACUCACUUCAGUAUACAAAGCAUCAAGGAAGACCUUUGCCACUUCAGAACAUUUGUACAAAAAGAACAGGGUGAUUUCUCAAAUUCAUUAAAAUGCAUAGCAGUAGAAAUUAAAAACAUUAUUGAAAAAGUAAAAUAUUCUCUGGAAAUAACACUAAAAGAAAAACAUCAAAAAGAACUACAAUCUUUAAAAAAUGAAUAUGAAGAUAAACUUAAUGCUCUAAUAAAGGAGAGUGAAGAAAAUGAAAAUAAAAUUAAAAAAUUAAAAAGAGACUUAAUAUGCCUUGAGGAGGUUUUACAAAAUAAAGAUAAUGAAUUUGCUUUGGUUAAACAUGAAAAAGAAGCUGUCAUCUGUCUCCAGAAUGAAAAGGAUCAGAAGUUGUUAGAGAUGGAAAAUUUAAUGCACACUCAAAAUUGUGAAAUUAAGGAACUGAAGCAGUCACGAGAGAUAGUGUUAGAAGACUUAAAGAAGCUCCAUGUUGAAAAUGAUGAGAGGUUACAGUUGCUCAGGGUAGAGCUUCAGUCCUUAGAGCAGAGUCAUCUAAAGGAAUUGGAGGACACACUGCACACUAGGCACACACAGGAGUUUGAGAAAGUUAUGACAGACCACAGAGUUUCUUUGGAGGAAUUAAAAAAAGAAAAUCAGGAAAAAAUUAAUCAAAUACUAGAGUCUCAUGCCACAGUUAUCCAGGGAAAAGAAGAACAGCUGAAGGAAUUAAAACUUAAGGUUUCUGAUUUGUCAGACUUGAGAUGCAAGUUAGAAGUGGAACUUGCACUGAAGGAAGCAGAAACUGAUGAAAUAAAGAUUUUGCUGGAAGAAAGCCGAGCCCAGCAAAAGGAGACUUUGAAAUCUCUUCUUGAACAAGAGACUGAAAAUUUGAGAACAGAAAUAAGUAAACUCAACCAAAAGAUUGAGGAUAAUAAUGAAAACUAUCAGGUGGGCUUAUCGGAGCUAAGAACUUUAAUGACAAUGGAGAAAGAUCAGUGUAUUUCAGAGUUAAUUAGUCGACAUGAAGAAGAGUCUAAUAUACUUAAGGCUGAAUUAAACAAAGUAACAUCUUUACAUCAGCAAGCAUUUGAAAUAGAAAAAAACCUGAAAGAACAGAUAAUUGAACUGCAAAGUAAAUUGGAUUCAGAAUUGAGUGCUCUUGAAAAACUAAAAGAUGAAAAAAUUACCCAACAAGAAGAGCAAUAUGAAUCAAUUAUCCAGACCCUUAAGAAAGACAAAGAGAACUUGGUCAUGAGCCAGGAACAAGAGAGAGAACAGUUAAUUCAGAAGCUUAAUUGUGAAAAAGAUGAAGCAAUUCAGACUGCCCUAAAAGAAUUUAAGUUGGAGAGAGAAGUUGUUGAGAAAGAAUUAUUAGAAAAGGUUAAACAUCUUGAGAAUCAAAUAGCAAAAAGUUCUGCCAUUGAAUCUGCCAGAGAAGAUUCUUCAAGCUUAGUUGCUGAACUUCAAGAAAAGCUUCAAGAAGAAAAAGCUAAGUUUCUAGAACAACUUGAAGAACAAGAAAAAAGAAAGAAUGAAGAAAUGCAAAAUGUUCGAACAUCUCUGAUUGCUGAACAGCAGACCAAUUUUAACACUGUUUUAACAAGAGAGAAAAUGAGAAAAGAAAACAUAAUAAAUGAUCUUAGUGAUAAAUUGAAAAGUACGAUGCAGCAGCAAGAACGGGAUAAAGAUUUGAUAGAGUCACUUUCUGAAGAUCGAGCUCGUUUGCUUGAAGAAAAGAAAAAGCUUGAAGAAGAAGUCAGUAAGUUACGUAGUAGCAGUUUUGUUCCUUCACCUUAUGUAGCUACAGCCCCAGAACUUUAUGGAGCUUGUGCACCUGAACUUCCAGGUGAAACAGACAGAUCAGCGGUGGAAACAACAGAUGAGGGAAGAGUAGAUUCAGCAAUGGAGACGAGCAUGAUGUCUGUACAAGAAAAUAUUCAUAUGCUGUCUGAAGAAAAACAGAGGAUAAUGCUGUUAGAACGGACAUUGCAACUGAAAGAAGAAGAAAAUAAACGGUUAAAUCAAAGACUGAUGUCUCAGAGCAUGUCUUCAGUAUCUUCAAGGCAUUCUGAAAAGAUAGCUAUUAGAGAUUUUCAGGUGGGAGAUUUGGUGCUCAUCAUCCUAGAUGAACGCCACGACAAUUACGUAUUGUUUACUGUUAGUCCUACUUUAUAUUUUCUUCAUUCAGAAUCUUUGCCUGCCCUGGAUCUCAAACCAGGUGAGGGUGCUUCAGGUACAUCUAGAAGACCCUGGGUACUUGGAAAAGUAAUGGAAAAGGAAUACUGUCAAGCCAAAAAGUGCUCGUUCAUCACUCCCCAAAACAGGAGGCCAUCUUGUUAUGCAGAAGUCGGUGUGACAGUAUACUUCACUGGUGUACUUCAUUUACUUUUUAACUGGCUACAUUUUAGGAAUAAUAAAUUCAUCAGAACUCUUGGCUGAAUUAAAAUGGUUUUGAUUUCGUGUUUUGGGUUUUUUGUUGUUGUUGUUGUUGUUUGUUUGUUUGUUUUUUUAACCCAGACAAUUCUAGAAAUGCGGACCAAACUAGUUCGUUUUCUCAAAGGGCAUACCUUGUGCAUUGUGGCCUAUGACUAGCCAUAUUAAUUGCCUGUUAAAUAUACAUUAGCUUGGACUUAGAUGUUAAAUGUUAGUUAUUAUUACCAGCAUUUGUCCUUUUGUGAAAUCAGUAUCAGAAUACUUGCACUCUUUAACACAUUCUUUAUAAAAUGUAUAAAUUCUUCAAAGCUAUUUAAACAGAUGUGUUACUGCAUGCAGAUAAUCAUAAUUUUGAGUUUGUCUCAGUAGAUUACUAAAACAAAUUGUUUCAUUUAUUUUUUUAAAUGCCCUUUGAUAUUUUAAAAAAAGGAACUGUGAUUUGAUUGACUGAUUUUUAAGAUCAGCCAUAAAUAAUCAGCAGUCUUCAAAAGCACUUUCAAUGGAUUGGUCAUCUGGGUUCUAAAGGGAAGAAGAGUCUGUGCCAUUGACUGUUUUAAAUGCAGCACUUGGAUCUUCCCUCUGUAUUUAUGACACUUUAGAAUAAUCACAUUGAUGAAAUCGUAAUUCAUGGUUGAGUUUUGGGAAAAAAGAUAUUCAUUGUACAUUAACCAUUUAGAGGUCAUUUAAAAUAACAAAAUAUUGUAUUGCAAAAGACCUGUACAAUUUUAAAACAAUAAAGAUUCCAACCUGUAUAUGUGUGUGCCUUUUAAAGGAGGAUACAUUUUUAAUAUAUUUGAGUGAUUGCUGGAAGUUGUGAAAAAAUUUUUCUGUAUCAUAUCAAAGAGAAACAUGUUUAUUACAAAGAUGUUCUUUAAUAUAUACUGUGUAACAGGGUAAAGCAGUGUUAAGUAGAAUAGAAUUGUGUAAACUAGGACUUUAGAGAAGUUGCCAUUGAGCAGAGGUAUUUAACUGAGUCAGUUAAGUUGGAUGAGAUUUGUUCAGGUUUGUUUCUAGAGAACAAUAACAAAAUGAUUCUUUUCCAGAAAAUAUUUAAUUUCUUCAUAAAAUAAGUUAAAUAUUUUUUUAAAAUAUGUAUAUCUAAUAGUAUAAAAAUGGAAUAAACAUGAUAGUGUAUAGAAAACUGAAUUUGACAACAUUAAUGAAUAAAUGAACAAAUGAUUUCA